AUGGCCCCCGCAAUGAGGCCGGAGCAGGAGGCGAGCUGCAAGGCCACCGAGGACCACCGCUCCGAGUUCGACGCCGCCAAGCCGCCGCCCUUCCGCAUCGGCGACGUCCGCGCCGCCGUGCCGGCCCACUGCUGGCGCAAGAGCCACGUCGCCGUCGUCGCGGCGCUCGCCGCCGCCGCGUGGCGGGCCGACAGCUGGGCCCUCUGGCCGCUCUACUGGGCCGUCCAGGGCACCAUGUUCUGGGCGCUCUUCGUCCUCGGACACGACUGUGGUCACGGGAGCUUCUCGGACAGCGGCACGCUCAACAGCGUCGUCGGCCACCUGCUGCACACCUUCAUCCUCGUCCCGUACAAUGGCUGGAGGAUCAGCCACAGAACGCACCAUCAGAACCAUGGCCACAUCGAAAAGGACGAGUCAUGGCACCCGAUCACUGAGAAGGUGUACCAGAAAUUGGAACCACGGACAAAGACACUGCGCUUCUCAGUACCGUUCCCACUGCUGGCUUUCCCUGUUUACCUCUGGUACAGAAGCCCGGGCAAGGAGGGCUCACACUUCAAUCCGAGCAGCGAUCUGUUUACUCCCAAGGAGAGGCGUGAUGUGAUCAUCUCCACCACCUGCUGGUUCACGAUGAUUGCGCUGCUCAUCGGCAUGGCGUGUGUCUUUGGCCUGGUACCUGUGCUCAAGCUAUACGGGGUUCCAUAUAUUGUGAAUGUCAUGUGGCUUGAUUUGGUGACGUAUCUUCACCACCAUGGUCACCAGGACCUCCCAUGGUACCGCGGCGAGGAAUGGAGCUACCUCCGUGGUGGCCUGACGACUGUGGAUCGGGACUAUGGAUGGAUCAACAACAUCCACCAUGACAUUGGCACCCAUGUCAUCCACCACCUCUUCCCCCAAAUACCUCACUACCACCUAGUAGAAGCAACCAAGGCAGCAAGGCCAGUACUGGGCAGAUACUACCGGGAGCCGGAGAAGUCAGGCCCGCUCCCAGUGCACCUCAUCACCGUCCUCCUCAAGAGCUUGAGAGUCGAUCACUUUGUCAGCGACGUGGGAGAUGUCGUCUUCUACCAAACCGACCCCAGCUUGAGCGGCGACAAGUGGACCGGAGCCGACAAGCAGAAGUGA